UUUAAGCACAUCUUUGCCAACAUGUAACCAACUAUACCUUUAGUAAUUGGUGGUAUCCCAGAUUCCUAGAGACCUUGCACUUUCUGGAAACACAAUCAACAAUUCAACAUGUGUCUGAUCAAUCAUUACAUAUAAUUUCGAUAGAAAAUUAUAUUAAUUUUGAGCUAAAAUAUGGAAAAAGUAGAACAUGGCUUUACUUGUGGUUCUUUCCUAUUUGGCACAUAAAGUCACCAACCAGUUUUUGCCAGAACUAUUAUAGCUUUACUGAUGGACCAUAAAUCUGGCUCAUCAUAGAUGUUACUGAACCAUCUAAUAAAAAUGGUUUUACUCGCAUCAGAAUGGCAAUUCUAACUCAAAUAUCGAGGCACAAGUCUAACCUCUCAUUUCCAAGUUCCGUUUGAGCUAGUCGAGUCCAAUCUGAUCUAAGCUUGGGGAUGCUUUCAUCUCCCCAUUUGAAAACCAGCAACUUUCAGCAUCACUACGGCAGGAAUAUAUGGAAUCUCACGUGGUUUAGAUGCUUUAUCGUCCCAUGGAGUUGGACUUCUCGGGUGAUCUCUAUUUAUUUAUUGUGUCUCAAUUUUGUUGUAGAGGUCCAUGAUACAUACGCUUCAUCUGGUUAUGAUUGUGAAAACGUUCAAAAAUAUUAUGCUGGUAUGGAACAUCUGAGGGGUGAAGCACUUAAACGAAGGUUGAAUUUUACCAUUGCCAGACAUCAAUCAUUGCCCUACAAGAAGGUCUGGGAUGCACUGAAGAUUCUUGAUGCUGCUGAUGUUGACAACCCAGAAGCUUCGUCACAAGUUGUUGAAAUUUACUCCUUGAGAGUUGUCCCAAAGCUCUUAGCUGGAAAACCAGAAGGAUGGAACAGGGAACAUUUGUGGCCUCGCUCUUAUGGGCUAACUGAUGGUCCAUCCUUGAGUGAUUUACACAAUAUCCGCCCAGCAGAUGUGAAUGUGAAUUCAUCAAGAGGAAACAAAUUAUAUGGAGAAUGCCGUGUUCGUACAUCUAAUUGUUUGAAACCAGCAAGUAAAGAAUCUGCUUCUGAUACAGAGACGGAUAAGGAGAGAUGGGCACCACCAGUACAGGUUAGAGGGGAUAUUGCAAGGGCAGUAAUGUACAUGGCGGUUUGUUAUGGGUUCAAUCGAUCUGGAGGCCUUGAUCUUCACCUUUCUGAUUCUCCAAGCAUUGCAAACAGGGAGAUGGGGAUCCUUUCUACAUUGCUGAAAUGGAAUGAAGUUGAUCCUCCGUCAUGGGAGGAGAAGUUAAGAAAUGAGAGGAUAUGCAUAAGGUACCAGCAUAAUCGAAAUCCUUUUGUCGAUCAUCCAGAAUAUGCCAAUCUCAUAUGGAAGCAAGUUCUUCAAAGACGUUAGGAUUCUUAAUACAGAGGGAAAAUCACAACGGGGUUGGUUGGAUUUAACUCUGGCAGCAACAAUUUAACUCAUUCAACAAAACAAUGCUGGUGAAAGUUUAGGUUUGGUCCUUCUAGCUUUCUGGACAGUUUGUUUUGAUGUGUACGUGUAAUUUAACAUUGUGUUUUAGGUAUUUGUUAUGGAUUGGGAAGGUCUAUGAUUUGCCCAAUGCGCAUAUGAUAUGCCCAAAGUGAUACAUUACCAUCUGUUGGAACCC